UCUCGUGAGCCUGCUGCCAUGAGAAAUUUGAAAUAACGAGCAAGGACAAACUCUUAUUCAUUUUUAAGGCUGCACGCAACACUCAGUUGUGGCUAUUGUUUUAGGGGAAAGGCAUUAUUUGAGUGUUAAAUAAAUAUUGCACUGUGCAGUGACCUUAAGGGCACUUUUCUUGAGCUCAUCCAGCUGCCAAAGAUUUUUUUUAUGUGUUUAUUCAUGUGGAGAGGAUGGGGAGUGCUAUUGCUAUAUGUUUCAUGCUGCUGGUCUCGAAGAAAUCAAACCUGGGAUCUCUCAGAAGCAGCUCUACCAAGGUCCGUUCCCUGGGCCAAGGGUUGCAUGGUAGCUGCAGUCGCUUCCCCAGCGGGCCGGCCUGGGAGAAGAAAGCAGUCGUCAUGUCCCGAGGAGGAGCAGCAGCACGGGGAGCUGCCAAGCCCCAGGACCGGGGCUGGGCAUGGAUGGUCCUGCUCGCCGCAGUGCUGCUGCAGGGGCUGACGCUGGGCUUCCCCUCCUGCAUCGGCGUCUUCUUCACGGACCUCCAGCACGAGUUCCAGGCCUCCAACAGUGAGACGUCGUGGUUCCCAUCCAUCAUGGUGGCUGUGCUGCACGGAGGUGGACCCCUCUGCAGCAUCUUGGUGAAGCGAUUUGGCUACAGGUUUGCCGUGAUGCUGGGAGGCCUGCUCAGCAGCGUGGGCAUGGUGUCCAGCUCCUUCUGCAAGUCCCUCGGCCAGCUUUACUUAACAGCUGGCCUCAUCACUGGUCUGGGAUCGUGUUUCAGCUUCCAGGCAGGAGUGACUGCGCUGGGCCACUACUUCGUGCGGUGGCAAGCGUUGGCUAACGCCAUGGCAUCCACUGGUGUCUCUCUUGGUUUCACGCUGUGGCCGCUGCUUUCUCAAUACAUGCUGGAUGAGAUGGGCUGGAGAAACACUUUUCUUAUCUUUGGAGGAAUACUAUUAAACUGUUGUGUCUGUGGAGCCAUUAUGAGACCAGUGCAGCUUGCAUCAGGAUCACUAGUACAGUUACCCAGGCCUGGAGAGGAUUCAGGGAGAAGAGCAGAAGAGGCACAGCUGUCCAAUGGAGCAUCUUCUCCCCACCUAAAGUACCAGCAGCAAAACAGAAAGACUGCAUGCUUCCAGAUGCUGCAGAAGUACCUGGCUUUUGAUAUCUUCUGUCAAAACAAAGGUUACCAGAUUUACACUAUUGGAGUGACCUGGAUGAUGAUGGGGUUUGUGUUACCCCACGUCUACCUAGUACCUUAUGCCAUCCAGAACGGUGUGGAGGAACGCAAGGCAGCCCUCCUCAUCUCCAUUAUUGGGUUCAUCAACAUCUUCAUACGCCCUUUGACAGGACUGCUUUCGGGACACAGAAUCUUCACGGGAAGGCGCAUCUACCUGUUCAGCCUGGCUGUGCUCCUCUGCGGGCUGAGCAAUUUCAUUUGCAUCAUUUCAGCUGAGUUCAGCGUGCUCAUCGUCUACUGCGUCAUCCUCAGCAUAGCCAUGAGUGGCAUUGGGGCACUCACCUUCCAGGUGCUGAUGGAUGUGGUGGAGAUGGACAGGUUCUCAAGUGCUCUAGGGCUCUUCACGGUCCUGGAGAGUAUCACUCUCCUCAUUGGACCCCCUCUCACAGGUCUCCUGGUGGAUAUAACCAAUGAUUUCCACUAUGUCUUCUACACCUCCAGUUUCCUCAUGAUAUCAGCUGCUUUGUUCAUGGGGCUCAGCUUCUGCGCUCUGGAAAAAAAAAGAAAUUUGAAAGAGGCCUCAAAAGUACCUUUGGAUAAUCCUUCCAGAUAUCAAUACAAUGACACGCCAGCUGAACUACAGCCUGAAAGUCAGUCCACUCCAGCAGUCGUGUACAUCACAAGCAUAUGAAAAAAAAAAAAAAAAAAAAAAAAAAAAAAGAGAGAGGAAUACAAACGAUUAUGUGGCCUGUACAAAGCUACACAUGGCCUGGCACUGAUGGCAGAGAAACCAAGUGUGUGCAUCCCACAACUAUCGUCGUCCUCCUGCCCCAUGCUUCCACUCGGUGGGGCCGUGUCAGGCUCCACGCAAGCAAUGUGGAUCUCGGGCUGAGCCCAGCACCAGCCCAGGAGCUGAAGGACAAAGGGAACUGUGCUUUCCUAAAGCAGGCCGUGGGAUAACAGCCACGGCAGCCAGCUCUGAGAAACAAAAGCCAUGUUGAUUCAAUUGGCUUAAGUCGGUGCCUUUCAGAAGUCACCGGUAUUUCACACACAUAUUUCAGCUUUAGCACUGGAAAAUACGUACUGAUGGCUAUGCACAAUGGUAGUUCUUUCACAGAGUAUUACUCACCUAGUCUGAACAUAAAAUUUUGGUGCAGAUUUAUAUGAAGUUUCCUGGUAGCCUCUCACAUUGUGGGAGGGACAAAACAAACACUUUCAAUUGGAACUGUGCCAUUAUUUCCCAUAUCUCAAAAUAUUACAUGGAGGCUGCCAUAUGGGCCUCAGGACUUGGGCAAGUCUCUAGGAAGAUCAAAUAUUUUGUUUUCCUAUGAGGUAUAUAUGAGUUCUUCAUGCCAAAGGCAUUUUCAGAGCCUCAAAGGGUCAACUGCAGAGCAUCAAAAACAAAGACCCAAGCCUUACAGAGAGCGCCUUGCAUAACUAGUGGUAUUUCUAGUGCUUCCUGAUGUAUCACAACUGGGAAUUCACGGCUUGUAUAAAUACAUUUCUUUCCAGCAU